AUGGAGGAUCCGCCGGCAUCGCAGGAGGGCGAGCAGGUGGAGGACGACCCUUCAGAGCUACAGCCAGACCCUGCGACCGACGAUGUCGACCAGGGUUCUGAGAAGCUUCACGCAGAGGAGCCCUCAGGACAGCAAGAGGCAGACCCGAGCACGGAGGAUCCGCCGUCAAACGAAACUCCUGACGAGGCCGCGAAACCCAAUGAGCUUCUAGAGCCUCUGCAGGCCUCGGAUGACGAGUCUUCGAGUUCAUCGCAGCCACCGGAGGCGAACGAACCGAAAGCUGCUCCGGCAAACGCUGCCGCUGGUGCCAAUGCUCCACCAGAUCGCGGACUCGCCAUCCUGCAAAAAUAUGAGGAGUUCAAGGAGAUGGGCCAUGUGGAAGCUGCUGCAGCAGUGCUAAGGCAGGGGCUCUUCUUCUGCCCUGACAGCGCGGUGCUGAAAGCUCUGGCGGCCAAGGAAGGUGUGGAGCUUCCGGAGGAAGGUGACAGCAAGGGCCCUGCUGCGCUGAUGGAGCAGAUGCGAAGAAGAGAGAUGAUGAUGCAGCAGAUGCACCUCGCCCAACAGCGCCAACGUAUGCAGCAGAUUGAACAGUGGCGAGCUCACCUUCACAAUCCUCGCUACACAGCCCCUCCGACUCUGCCUGAACCAAGAAAGGGCAAGGUCGUGGUGCCACCUGCGCCUACGCGAUUUUACGACGAGCUCGAGUACCCGGACAAGAAGAAGGCUUCUCGUGGCCUGGCCGCUGUUGCCGUGGGGGCGCUCUUUGGCUUUGUUGUUUCCAUCCUCGAGCCCUGUUCGGCCUACUACUUGGUAUGGUCUUUCCUGGCCUGCCAUCUUGCGCUCAUCAUCCUUCUGCGGGACUAUGGCAGCGAGUGGGCGCUGCUUCUGGUGUGCUGUGUGCUGGCGUUCCACGGUGGACAUGCUCUGGCGGAACUUGGUUCCUGGCUUUUGGCUGCAGAUGGUGAAGGCUCGCUGGGGCCAUGGUCCAUCGUUGUCAUCUUCGCGUGCAUCCUAUACCUGCAGAGCUACUUGAAAGAGUGCAAAACUCUGCCACCAGACUACCUCUCCACGUUGUCGUUCUUUUUCCCGGUCUUCCCUGCCUAUGACGCAGCCGUGGCACUGAGCUGCCUGGAAUUCUUUCUGGAAUGGAGAUACUUCCCAGACUUCAAGCUAUGGACGCCUCUUGUCCUUUUAGGCAUUGUGUCUAUGGCCUUGGGCCAGGGCUUGGUGAGCUGGGCUGCACGCGUGGCGGACAGAAACUUCUGGGCCUCGACACGGGAGCUCGAGGAGGAUGAGCUGGUGGGCUUGGAGAUUCCGAAUCGCCGGGUAGUUCGUGAAGGUCCCUAUGCCUGGGAACGCCACCCAGCGUACCUGGGAGCUCUACUCUGGGGUCUAGGCACGCAGCUGGCCCUGUGCAACCCGGGCAUGCUGGUGAUGGUCGGCUUCGUGCUGUGGGCAUCGCUCCUCCACGUCACCAUGGAGGAAGAGAAGGAGCUCUACGAUGAGUUUCCAGGUUUCUAUGUGAACUACGCGGCCCUGACCAGCUGCUGGAUUCCGGGCUUCCCACCUCUCUUGGAGAAUUCCGCUUUCCAGCGCGAGAUGGACGACAAUGCACCGGAGCAGGAAGGAAACGAGCUCAUGGAGCAGGAAGAGAGUGAAGAGGAGAUCGACGAAGAAGACGACCUCCUACCAACUUGGGAAGGAGUUCCCAAAGGUGGCGCGAUUUGGAACCGCCAGUUUCAGGAGCCAUGGCGCCUCGGUUAG